AUGCUGCGCUCUAGUGCCACUGGAAUUCGUUUUGCUCUGCGUAUUUCUGUACUCCGAACUAGAUGCCUAGCGGCUAUACCAAGAGUUUCUACGUCUCCAGUUUUUCGUCAACCCACCCUUCGAAUAGCACAAACCCGCUUCUACUCGAGCAGUUCAAGCGGAGAUGGUGAUCCCCCUAAUCCAGCUCCUGCUGAAGACGAUACUGCAGCUUUAGAGACUGCUAUAGUCGAAGGAGGCGAUGUGGUAAAUAGUGGCAUGAGUACUAUCAAUGUCCCUGAUGUCUUUCCAAUUGUUCCACUUCUAGCUAUAAACCGCUAUCCGUUAUUUCCAGGUUUUAUAAAGAAAGUGGAUAUUGUGAAAGACGACGCUUUGAAGCAGGUGAUCCGUAGCAGAGUUGCGCUGAAACAACCAUACGUUGGAGUUUUUGUCAAACAGGAUGAUGAGAACAAGGAAGAGAUAAUUACUUCAUUGUCGGAUGUGUAUAAUGUUGGAUGUUUUGCUCAGGUAAUUGAAAUGCGCGAUCAUGGAAAAAUUAUGGAGUUAGUAUUGAGUGCCCACAGAAGGAUACGAAUACUGGAGCCUGUUGAUGAAGCAGCUACAGGUACUGAAGAGCCACACAAAAUUUUAAAUGGUCGAAGAGCAGGCAUCCGAAAAAAGGGAUCCCCAACGCAAAAGCCUCCAACUCCGCCUCCUGAGCGGUCAUCCAUUUUGUUAGUUCGCACUGAGAACGUCAUAGCAGAGCCAGCAGAAAGAAGUAAUGAAACAAAAGCGAAAAUGCAGGCUGUUGUUCAAACGAUACGCGAUGUGGUGCAGUAUAGUGCUCUCUUCGGUCAACAGAUAAACCUUCUCCUUCACCCUUCACAAAAUGUGAUAGAGAAUCCAGUAUAUCUAUGCGAUUUAGUCGCUACUUUGGUACAGUCGGCUGACACGAAAGAGCUUCAAGAGAUGAUGGAGGAAAUUAGUGUCUCAAGACGUCUUGACAAAGCGUUGGUACUAAUUCAAAAAGAGAAAACUGUGGCAAAACUGAAGUAUGACAUCAAUAAGGACGUGGAAAAGAAAGUGCAAGAUCAACACAGAAAAUAUUUGCUUAAUGAGCAGCUAAAAGUCAUAAAGAAAGAGCUGGGCCUGGAAAAGGAUGACAAGUCCGCCAUCAUUGAGAAAAUGGAGGAACGGCUCAAGAAAUUGAAAGUCCCUGAUUAUGCUAUGAAGGUUAUCAAAGAGGAGCAACAGAAGCUACAAUUUCUCGAUCCACAUUCGAGCGAGUUCGGUGUAACACGGAAUUAUCUCGACUGGCUGACCAAUGUCCCUUGGGGGAUAACAUCAGAGGAGAACUACGAUUUACAGAAAGCAAAAGCUGCUCUUGAUAAGGGACACUAUGGCAUGAAGGAUGUCAAGGAGCGGAUUCUCGAGUUCAUUGCAGUGAACAUGUUAAAGAAACAUGUUGGAGGAAAAAUCCUUUGCUUGCAUGGACCUCCAGGCACAGGAAAGACCAGCAUUGCUAGAUCGAUUGCAGAGGCAUUGAAUCGAGAGUAUUUUCGUUUUUCUGUUGGUGGUAUGACUGAUGUUGCUGAAAUUAAAGGACAUCGAAGGACAUAUGUGGGAGCGAUGCCUGGGAAGAUGAUACAAUGUCUCAAAAAAGUACACACAGAGAACCCGCUUGUUCUGAUCGAUGAAGUAGACAAAAUCGGCAGUGCGGGCUACCACGGGGAUCCUGCGAGUGCGCUUCUUGAGCUGCUUGAUCCCGAACAGAAUGCUAACUUCAACGACCAUUUUUUGGAUGUCCCUGUUGAUCUUUCCAGAGUGUUGUUUUUGUGUACUGCCAACGUUGUCGACCAAAUACCAGGGCCGCUGAAAGACAGAAUGGAACUGAUUGAUGUUAGUGGCUACCUUGCUGAAGAAAAGAUCGAAAUAGCCCAGCGGUAUUUGAUACCUCAAGCACGAAAAGAAACAUCUCUCACUGAAGAGCAGCUAACUAUCGAUAAAGACGCAGUUGAAAAUAUAAUCAAGCAUUACUGUCGAGAAUCAGGUGUUCGAAACCUUCAGAAACACAUAGAUAGGAUCUUCCGAAAAGCUGCCUUGCAAAUCGCUGAUAAUCCAAGUGACAGCUCAACGCCUUCUACUAUUGUUGUGAAUAACGAAAACCUGGAGAAAUUUGUAGGAAGGCCGAAGUUCACUUCUGACAGGAUGUACGAAGAAACACCGCCUGGCGUGAUAAUGGGUCUCGCCUGGACCGCAAUGGGCGGCUCAGCUCUGUACAUAGAAGCUGUGCUGAAGAAACCUGUCGAUUACGGAAGCGACAAAGAUGGAAGCUUAGAAUGCACCGGUAAUUUAGGAGACGUUAUGAAGGAAAGCGUCAGAGCGGCAUUGACUGUCGCGAAAUCAAUACUCGUGAAAGACGAACCUGACAACAAAUUUUUCGAAAAAGCUCAUAUUCAUAUCCAUGUCCCUGAGGGAGCCACGCCAAAGGAUGGCCCGUCAGCAGGAGUUACGCUUGUUUCCUCACUUCUUUCACUUGCCUUAAACAAACCUGUAGUACAAAAUAUGGCAAUGACUGGAGAAAUCUCAUUAACUGGAAAGGUAUUGCCUGUUGGAGGCAUAAAAGAAAAGGUUAUCGCGGCACGACGAGUUGGAGCGAAACGAGUGUUCUUGCCGUCAGAGAAUCGCAGAGAUUACGAUGAUUUGCCAGAAUUUAUGAAAGACGACCUGGAUGUACGAUUUGUUUCUGAAUACUCCGAAUUGUACCAAGACUUAUUCGAGUGA